AUGGUUGUCAAAAUUCUCAUUUACGCCGCUGUUGCGGUCGGUCUAGCAUAUCUAGUCCUCAACUUCCCAAGACUUCAACAAGAAUACAAACUCUACUCCCACAGACACCACCUUCCCCCCGGCCCCAAAACCAUAAAAACAGGCAUAAAAAAACCAUGGCUCUGGUUCCAAGCGCUCUCCCAACAAUACGGCGACGUAGUCUACCUCCAGCUCGGUCCCACACCAACCAUAAUUCUUGGCUCAGCCCAAGCAGCAUGGGAUCUCCUCGAAAAGCGCGGCGCGGUAUUUUCAUCACGACCACGCUUCAUCAUGGGCGGCGAACUUCUUUCGAGUGGCAUGAGAGGUCUUAUGGCACCGUAUAAUUCGUAUUGGAGACGCUGGAGAAAGCUUUUGCAUAGUGGGUUUAUGCAGAGGCAGAGUGAGAGCUAUAGACCUGUUCAGAGUCUUGAGAGUAAGGUUUUGAUGUUUGAGCUUUUGAAGGAUCCGAGAGGGUUUAGGGUGCACUUGGAGAGGUAUGCUGCUAGUGUUAUUGUGACGGUUACUUAUGGAAGGAGAGUCGAAGACGUCAGAAGCGACAUUGUCGUUAAGAGAAAUGCCGAGGCUAUGGAGCGUUUGACGAUGGUCAAUAUCCCUGGCAAAUACGCCGUCGAACGGUAUCCCGCACUCAAAUACGUCCCCAGCUUCUUCGCACCUUGGAAGAAGCAAGUCCUGCAACAGCGCGAAAAGGAUAUUCAGCUAUACACCGAACUUAUGAACGAAGUGCGCGAAAAGGUAGCGAAGGGUACUGCGCCGACAUGUUUCGCAAAACAUCUUCUCGAAGAACAACAUAAUCUCGGAAUGACGGAUCUAGAAAUUGCUUAUACGGCUGGUUCACCCUUUGGUGCCGGUGUCGAAACCUCUGCCGGAUCAUUAGCCAGCUUCCUUCUCGCCUGCGUCAAAUUCGGACCUCAGUUCAUUCCCAAAGCUCGAGAAGAACUCGAUCGCGUUAUCGGAAGUGAUCGUCUUCCCACUUUUGAUGAUCUGCCGAAGCUGGAGUAUGUCAGGGCUAUUGCUUCUGAGACUCUGAGGUGGAGACCUGUUGCUGUGCUUGGUGGAACACCACAUGCUAGUACGGCGGAUUAUGUGUACAAGGGGAUGUUUAUUCCCAAGGGGAGCACGAUUAUUGCUCCUCUCUGGACACUUCAUCUCAACGAGUCGGAUUUCCCUCAACCUCACGAGUUCAGGCCUGAACGUUUCAUGGAAGAACGUGACUACCCCGGCACUUUGGGACACAGCGCCUUUGGCUGGGGUCGACGUAUUUGUCCAGGUAUGCAUCUCGGUAAUGCGUCUGUGACACUUAACAUUGCGCGUAUCCUUUGGGGUUUUGAUGUCAAGCCCGAGAAGGAUGAGAAGGGUCAGGAUAUCGAGGUUGAUAUAUUUGCCUACUCUGAGGGCUUCAACUCAAUCCCUUUGCCGUUUCCUUGCUCGAUCACGCCGCGGUCGGAAAGGCAUGCUGAGGUUAUCGGGAGGGAGCAUGGGAGUGCUUUGGAGGAGUUGGUUGAGUAUACUGCUAUUACGAGCAAGGUAUCUUGA